UCGGGUGACGAGCAGUGAGCACUCACUUCACCUCUCGACGUCGGUCUGAGGAGAAUCAUAACCGUCACUUUCUUUUUGUUUUUACUGUCAGUUUUUAAAUUAAAACUAUCUCAUAAUCAUCAGAACAGUAUGCAUUUGAUAUCCUUAUUACUGUGAGUCGCUUUAAGGGAUGAAAAAAGCGAGGAAGCGACUGUCGGUGAGCGGAUCUCAAGCGUCUGUCAGGAAACAUGAAGAACAGUUACCCUGGAAGAAACAGAAGCUCCUGGACAUCCAUCAGGCCCUGAACAGUGACCCUGUGGACAUCGAGACCCUGCGGCGGGCGGCUGUGAGCGAAGGAGGUUUGCUGACGGAUGACAUCAGAAGAAAAGUUUGGCCCAAACUCCUCAGUAUCAAUGUGUACAGUCUGCCUGCCAAACCAUCCAAAGAUGACCGAGAAGACCACAAAGACUACAGACAGGUGGUGCUCGAUGUCAGGAGAUCAAUGCGACGCUUCCCGAAAGGCAUGCGUGUGGAUGAGAGAGAGGUUCUCCAGGAGCAGCUGAUCGACAUCAUCCUGGAUGUUUUGAGGAGAAAUCCUCAGCUGCACUAUUAUCAGGGAUAUCAUGACAUCGUGGUGACCUUCCUGCUGGUGGUGGGAGAGAAGAUGACCAUCGCAAUCAUGGAGAAACUGUCCAAUCAUCAUCUCAGGGAUUUCAUGGACCCCACCAUGGACAGCACAAAGCACGUCCUGAACUAUCUGAUGCCCAUUCUGGAGCGCGUGGACCGAGAGUUACACGACUUCAUGAUCAGGUCUGAGGUGGGCACUAUCUUCGCCCUGAGCUGGCUGAUCACAUGGUACGGUUACGUCCUGUCAGAUUUCCGGCAUGUUCUGCGGCUGUAUGAUUUCUUCCUGGCGUCUCACCCACUGAUGGCCAUCUACUUCGCCGCUGUGAUUGUGUUGUACAGACAGAAGGAAGUGAAGAGCAGCGAGUGUGAUAUGGCCAGCGUUCAUCACCUGCUGUCUCAGAUGCCUCAGGAUCUGCCGUACGAGGAUCUGAUUGGUCGAGCUCAGAGGCUGUUCAUGAGCUGCCCCCCCUCUCUGCUGACCCAGUCUGCAGCGCUGCAAACACGCAACAUAAUCGCCAUCAGCACCUUCACAGACUUCCAGACGUCUACACUGAAGCAGCGUCCCGACUCCGUCCUUCGUCAACAGCUUGAAAAGCGGCAUGAAACCCAGCUAGCCCUUCCCAUGAGCCCCCAGCCAGCGAGCACUAACCAGCUCAUCAAAAUGGCAGUGUGGGGUCUGUCGGCCACGUUAGGAGCGGCGGCGCUAGCUGUGGCUCAGACCGCCAUGGACUGGGCACCGGAGUUUCUCUCGCAGAUCUUCUGACACCAAACGCCUCGCUCACGUGUGACAAACAGGGUGUAUUGCAAUUGCAGUUGUAUGUGUUAAGUGAUGCAAAUCACCUGGAGAGAAUGAAUCUGCUGCUUAUUUAUUUCCGAACCGUGCUUUUUUUCUUAUUUAUAGAUUUCAGCCAAGCUAAUAUUGGAGAAGUGGGAGGAGUCAAGCAAGGUUUUUGUAAUCAUAAGCAUUUCUGGAUGUCGUUCCAUCAGCAGAAUGUCAGAGAAAGUGCUCUGCUAGGCCGUUGUCAACAGCACAAAUUAUUAAAUGUUUUUUUUUUUCUGCCGUCAGAAGUGAGUGAAGCUCAUUAAGAGGAGAAAACGGGUGAAGGCUGAAAGACCACAGAGACCCGCUGGUGAACGCAGCACUUUACUACAACAACAACACAGUUUAUUCUAGAGCCAGAUCAACCUACACACGCUUUCAGGUCCUUCAGAAAUGAACCAGUGUCCUCUGUGCACACAUUAUACAGUCGAUGCCUUUCUCAAAAAAAAAAAAAAAAAAGAUUUACUUUAAUAAUAUUUUCACUGAGAAACUGCUAAUCAAUUUCACAAAUAAUUACAACACCAGGUAUCAUUAAACUACUUUUGAAGCAAAAUCUUACUACUACUGUAUUGUAGUCAACCAAAACCAAAACAAAACCUAAAACCAAAACAAUACCUGUUCUUGUCUUAGGACAACAUUUUUUUCAAAUGUUGACUAUUGUGGUGGAUUGCUUACCAAUAAUAAUCUGUUACUGAUUACUGAUGAUCAGUUACUAUAUAUAAAUACAUAAGUUUACCCUAAUUUAAUAUUUUAGUAUUUUUAAUUUUAACUUAACUAUGCUUGCACAGUUAUUCAGAACGUAAUGUUUGUUCAUGAUGGACUGCUGUUUUUGAACAUAUUUAUCUUGUUUUAAGUAUUUCUGGGCACACUGUAAAGAGUUAUUUUUAAGUAGUUGUAAAUUAAACUUUUUAUUUCAGUGCAUUUUUCCUGAAAAAAAAAGACCUAUUAGUAAAAACUCAACUCAUUUUCUUUGUUUCUUCAGUAGAACACAAACCAAGAUUUUUAGCUCAAACUGCAAUCUAUCACUCUUAUUAUGUAAGUGGAUGGGAAUCACAGCUAAAACAUACAU